GACAUCUAACGCCUGUGGCCCAGGAAAACAAAACCUUCCAUUGCACCCCACGCAGCGACGCUCCCCAGCGAAAGGUGCUUCUUUUGGAAGACCGCACGAAGUAAGGAAGAGCCUCUUUUCCUCUUCCUGGAUAUCCCUCCAGGAAUAUUAGAAGCUCCAGGACUCCUUGAUACGACCAGGAAAAGAUCGCAACCGCGUCUUUAAAAUAUCGAUUCCAGCCGGCUUCUGCGGGCCUGACACAUCUUGGCAGAUGGAGAAGUCAAGGCAAUAGAUAACAUGGGCAGCAAAGAUUCUGCUAUGGCACUUUUUUCCUUUCCGUUUUUUUCUUCCCUUCUUUUCCCUCUUCUCCCUCCCUCCUUUCCUCCUCCUCCCUCCCUUUCUCCCUUUCUCCCUUUCUCCUCUCUUUUCCCCUUCCCUCCCCUGUUUUCGUCCUCCUGAGAAGUAGACAAGAGGGCUCUCUGUCUACCCACCCUCCCCCACCCCAUUCCUCAUCCCGUUUCAAAAUAAGAGCGAAUGAAUCACAUUCUAAGCUCUUACCCGUGCAGUUCUGACAAGUUUGGAAAUUACACAAAUAGCGUUUGCAAUCGAGGCCGCGGGAAUCCAAAAGGGAAACAAACAAAACCAGAUGAAAAAAAAGUGAUUCCAGGUCAAGAUUUCAAAUGGGAAUCUAAGAACCGCUUCAAAAGAUGGUUUCUGUUAGUGUUGCAACAGCACUUCUAAUUCUGGUUGUCAUGGUUAUUGAAGAAGUCGCCCUGCACUAUUGAGAGGCUGUCUAGUUAGAAGCAGGAACUGUUCUCGAGAGGACCUUCUCUUGCACCCUCGUGUCACCAUGGUUGCACUACAUACUAGGGAAUAUUGAAGAUAUGAAGAUAAAUAAGCAGCAGAAGGUCAGUCUUAGAGAGGCUAAACGUAAUGAGAAUAUAAAUUUAUACUCUGUCGGUUCAAAGUGUGAGCAGAGUUCAGUGGAAAUACUGAGAUGGAGCAAUUAACUCUGGGGAAAUGUAAACAUAAAGAAGGCAAGGAGCAGGAACUCCGGCAAAGGCAAGUCCAUAGGCUGGAGCAAAUGCUGGUUUGUAAACAUUGUAAUGCCUCCAACUCAAGAGCCUUAGGAAUGUCUACCCGCAUUUGAGAGAUGGAGUCUCACUGUGUUGCCUAGGCUGGUCUUGAGCUCCUGGACUCAAACCGUCCACCCGUCUCGGUCUUCCAAAGUGCUGGGAUCAUAGGUGUGAGCUACCACAACCAGCCUAUUUUCUUUUUAAAGGUUGAACCAGCCAAAUUUUCGAGACAGCUCACGGCUUAGAGGAAGGUUCAUCUAAAUAAAGGCCGGCUAAAGUGACAUUGCAGGGAUUAAAUCCUUCUUUGGCUGCCUGUGUGACCAGAAGGCUUAUUUGCAAGUUUCUUCUUUCCUGAGGUCCAGAUUAUUAGGUCUCCAGCGCCCUGCGGCUUGACAGCAAGAGAAGCAUGAAAUGAAGGUCAGAGAUGAGAUCCCGCAGCAGGGACUUGGGGGCCUCCCAGCGGCAUUUACACACCAGAGUGCAAGAUUCUCUGGCCAUCAAGGGAAAUAGCAAACAGAAGCCUUUGUCCUGGGGCACAGCCACCUACCACAAAGCAUCAGACUCCACAUCUGGCCAGAAAAUUCCUGGAGUCCCAUCAGGGCAGUGGGUAUGUAACAUGUGCCUAAUUGUACAGCUAGAGCUUGCAAGUUCAACGUGAGGGAAGGUGGGAAAUGUCUUGAGUGAGGCGAGCAGCUCCUGGCUGGGCUGGGCAGACUCAGCUACCACGUUCACUGCCCUCCUGUCACUAAAGCUGAGAGGGAGGCUGCUCAGCUCUCAGGAAAACUCUCUUGAACCCUGGGCACCUGCUGUCCUCAGUUGGCAUCUCCCACCCUCUGAGCCUCUUCUGCUCCUGCACAACCUGCCUCUUGGCUGAGAUGGAGACGUGAGCCCCCGUGGACGAUGACUGCAGUGUAUAUGAAUGGAGGUGGCCUGGUGAACCCCCACUAUGCCCGGUGGGAUCGGCGCGACAGUGUAGAAAGUGGCUGUCAGACUGAGAGCAGCAAGGAGGGUGAGGAGGGACAGCCCCGCCAGCUGACGCCCUUCGAGAAACUGACACAGGACAUGUCCCAGGAUGAGAAGGUGGUGAGGGAGAUCACGCUGGGGAAACGGAUAGGCUUCUACCGAAUUCGAGGGGAAAUCGGAAGUGGAAACUUCUCCCAAGUGAAGCUUGGGAUUCACUCCCUAACCAAAGAAAAGGUGGCCAUUAAGAUCCUGGACAAGACCAAGUUAGACCAGAAAACCCAGAGGCUACUAUCCCGAGAAAUCUCCAGCAUGGAAAAGCUGCACCAUCCCAACAUCAUCCGCCUUUACGAAGUAGUGGAGACCCUAUCCAAGCUGCACUUGGUGAUGGAGUAUGCAGGGGGUGGGGAGCUCUUCGGAAAAAUUAGCACUGAGGGGAAGCUCUCUGAACCAGAAAGCAAGCUCAUCUUCUCCCAGAUUGUGUCUGCCGUGAAGCACAUGCAUGAAAACCAAAUUAUUCAUAGAGAUCUGAAAGCAGAAAAUGUGUUCUAUACCAGUAAUACUUGUGUGAAGGUGGGCGAUUUUGGAUUCAGCACAGUAAGCAAAAAAGGUGAAAUGCUGAACACUUUCUGUGGGUCUCCUCCCUACGCUGCGCCUGAACUCUUCCGGGACGAGCACUACAUCGGCAUUUACGUGGAUAUCUGGGCCUUGGGGGUGCUUUUGUACUUCAUGGUGACUGGCACCAUGCCAUUUCGGGCAGAAACCGUGGCCAAACUGAAAAAGAGCAUUCUCGAGGGCACAUACAGUGUACCGCCGCACGUGUCAGAGCCCUGCCACCGACUCAUCCGAGGAGUCCUUCAGCAGAUCCCCACGGAGAGGUACGGAAUCGACUGCAUCAUGAAUGAUGAAUGGAUGCAAGGGGUGCCAUACCCUACACCUUUGGAACCUUUCCAACUGGAUCCCAAACAUUUGUCGGAAACCAGCACUCUCAAGGAAGAAGAAAAUGAGGUCAAAAGCACUUUAGAACAUUUGGGCAUUACAGAAGAGCAUAUUCGAAAUAACCAAGGGAGAGAUGCUCGCAGCUCAAUCACAGGGGUCUAUAGAAUUAUUUUACAUAGAGUCCAAAGGAAGAAGGCUUUGGAAAGUGUCCCAGUCAUGAUGCUACCAGACCCUAAAGAAAGAGACCUCAAAAAAGGGUCCCGUGUCUACAGAGGGAUAAGACACACAUCCAAAUUUUGCUCGAUUUUAUAAAUUGCACUAGACUGCUUGUAAUUAACCAAGAUCAUUGUUGCUGCUUCUAAAUUUUUUUCAAGGACAACUUGAGUGGAGACAUUUUUGUAAUUUUUAAAUAAACUUAAAUUUGAGAUAUGCAUUUUUUUCUCC